AUGACACUUGAGGAGAGUGAGAAAAAGAUCUUGAGUAAUUUGAAGAAACGAAGAGGAGUAGUAAAGGCAGCUCUUACCAGAGUUCAAACCUUCAUCAACAAAUUUAAUCCAAGGGAUGAUGCCAUCGCAUUAUUAGAAUUUCGUCAGGAAGAGUUACCACAGAUAAAUCGGAAAUUUGACGACGUUCAGUGUGAAAUUGAGUUGAUCGACCCCGAUAAUGUUGACGAAGCGGAGAAAGAGAGAGAGGAAUUUGAGAACACUUAUUUUGCUAUACGGGCGGAGUUGCAACAGAUUAUAAGUGCAGAGAAAAGUCAAAAUACAUCUAUAAAUAAUACCUCGAGCAUCACAACUACUGGGCAUGCGCGAGGAGCACGCCUACCUCCGAUCUCCUUACCAAGCUUUGAUGGUAACAUCCAAGAAUGGGAAUCUUAUUUUGAUUGUUUCAAGGCUAUGGUACAUAAUGAUGAUAAUUGCCCAGCAGCACAAAAAUUCUCCCAUCUUAGGUCCACUCUGAGUGGUCAAGCUCUAGACAUUAUUAAGGGGCUACCUAUGACUGAAAAUAACUAUAAAGUGGCAAUCAAAAAAUUGCAACAGCGUUAUGACAACAGAAGUUUAGUUAUACAGUCACACAUCCGCGCAAUUCUAGACUGCCAUCAAGUUGAAUCAGCCUCAGGAAUGCAGCUGCAAACGCUACAUUCAAACGUUUCGGCUCACGUUGCUGCUCUUGCAGCUCUAGAGCAGCCCAUUCAACAUUGGGAUGCUUGGCUUGUGACAGUAGUUUUAAGGAAAUUAGACCAAUCCACGAAUCAAGACUGGCAGCUUCGGCGCACCAAUACAGAUCUGCCAACGUACGCUGAGUUAGAAGUUUUUUUAACAAACAGGUGCAUCGCGUUAGAAUCAACCGAAGGGUUUUCUGUAAGUUCUGAGAGAGAUAGGGACAGUCAUUCAACAAAGGAUCAGAAAAUGAAAAAAUCUUACUUGAGCAGCAAUUCAAAAAAAGGUCUUUUCAUAUCUACCGAAAAACCCAUAAAAUGUCCAUGCUGUUCUGAUGAGCAUAAAUUAUAUGCGUGCAAUAAAUUCAAGGAAUUGUCCAUAGGGGAUCGUGUGACAUUGGUAAGAGACUCGAGGUUAUGUUUUAAUUGUUUAAACCCGAAUCAUAUGGCGACUGUGUGCCGAUCUACCUAUAGUUGUCGAAUAUGCAAGCGCAACCAUAAUACGUUAUUGCACUUCGAGAAGUCAACAGACUCGGCAGAAAGAGUUGAAGGCCAAGCCCAGCAGUUUGACGAACAAAAACAACCCAACUCGUCACAAGAUUCAAAUAUUUCAGCAGCUGCUUCAUUUGUGGAUGGAUCGGAGCAAGGAUACGUGUUUUUGUCUACUGCGCUGAUCCUAGCCGGCGACAGAUUUGGAAAUCAGAAGAAGUGCAGAGCAGUUUUGGACAGUGGGUCGCAAGUGAAUUUUAUUUCUGGAAACUUAGCAAAUAAACUACAGCUGCAAUCCAAAAAGUCAUCACUACCGGUGAGUGGAAUUGGAGAAAGCCGGGUCCAGGCAUUGUCGUACGUUGAAGUUUCAAUUCAGUCAAGAUUAAGAAACUAUAGGGUAAAACUAGUGUGCUAUGUUCUACCAACAAUUGUGAGCAAGCUACCAGCAUGUCCAAAUCCACCAAGAGGCUGGCAGAUCCCAGAUGAAUUGUUAUCUGAUUUAGCAGAUCCAUAUUUUUACAAUCCUGGUACUGUAGACUUGUUAAUCGGCGGAGGAGUAUUUUUUGACAUCACUUCAACUACAACUGUACGAAGACCAUUAAAUGUAAAAAAUAUAUGUUUGAACGACAGUCAAUUUGGAUGGCUAGUCACUGGGGAGCUAGGAACGGUGUGCUUAGCAGGGAUUCGUACGGUAGGAGAAACACUAGAAGAUAAUUGGCGAGCAAUGAUUGACAGUGAGGAGUCAUACUUUGGACGCUUAUCCAAGGCAAACCAACGUUCCCAGGAAGAGGAAGAAACACUUCAACAUUUCCAUGAUACGUUUCAACGUGACCAAGAGGGCCGAUUUGUGUUACGUUUGCCAAUAAAAGAAGAACACAGAAGUUUAGGAAAUAGUCUAGCAAUGGCAACCUCAAGAUUUAUUAACAUCGAAAGAAGACUACAGCGUGAUGAUCAUUUGCGAAAAGAGUACACAAAUUUCAUGGCAGAAUAUAUAAGCAUGGGCCAUAUGCACGAAGUCAUCGCAUCACAAGAUGCUUGUUAUUUGCCACAUCACCCAGUCAUUAAAACAUCGAGCCUAACCACUAAGACUAGAGUUGUCUUUGAUGCUUCGGCUAGAACGUCGAACGGAACCUCACUCAAUGACAUACUAAAGCGCGGUCCGACCGUACAAGAAGACAUUUUUUCCAUUAUGAUAAGAUUUCGGAAACAUCAAUAUGUACUGACAGCUGACAUUGAAAAAAUGUUCCGGCAGAUAAUGAUUGCAGAGGAAGAUCGGCCUUUGCAACAAAUACUUUGGCGUGACCAUCCACAUGAAGCGCUUCGGACAUACGCUUUAGCUACUGUAACGUAUGGCACAACACCGGCUUCCUUUAUGGCAACGCAAUGCCUUGUGGUACUUGGAGAGGAGGCAAAGAAAAGGAACGCCAAGAUUGCGGAAGUCAUCUUACGUGACUUUUACAUGGACGACCUGAUGACUGGUUGUGACACUGAGGAUGAAUGUAUACAAUUACAUGAGAACAUAGUCAGCAUCCUGAACUCAGCAAAAUUACCACUACGUAAAUGGUGCUCCAAUUCGCCAUCAAUUAUCGAAAGGAUAGGCAAAAAUCAAGAUGAUGCGCUUUUUAUACUAAGUCUGGGAGACGAGGAUAUCAUAAAAUCCUUAGGGCUUUGUUGGCAGCCGUUCGUUGACCAAUUCAGAUUCAGCAUCAUGAUCCCGGCAGACAGAUCAAAUCUUACCAAAAGAAAGCUAUUAUCAGACUUGAAUAAAGUAUUUGAUCCAUUAGGAUUCUUGGGUCCGGUACUCAUUAUUGGAAAAAUAUUCCUUCAACAGUUAUGGCAAUUAAAAAUAAACUGGGAUGAACAAUUAGAAGCGGAUAUUCAAGAAAAGUGGAAAACCUACUAUGCUGGAUUGGAAUCACUAAAACAUCUUACCAUUCCUCGUAAAUGUAGCCCUCAUCAGAGUGACAAGGUCGAAGUACACGGAUUUUGUGAUGCAUCGAUCGAGGCAUAUGGGGCAUGUAUGUAUGUACGAAGUCUAGAUAAGGCUAAUAAAUGGAACUCGCGUCUUUUAUGCUCAAAAUCAAGAGUGGCUCCAUUGAAGGGAGCUACUAACCCAAGACUUGAGUUGAGUGGAGCACUUCUUUUAGCGCAACUAGCGACAAAGGUGGCAGAGUCAUGGGACAUAGGCACUGCAACCAUUUACUUGUGGACUGAUUCUACGAUAGUUUUGGGAUGGCUAAAUAGUCACUCCUCAAGGUUAAAAACAUUUGUAGCGAAUCGAGUGAAUCAAAUAUUAGAACUAACAGAAGUGGAUCAAUGGCGACAUGUACGUACCCAUGAUAAUCCUGCCGAUAUCAUAUCUCGAGGCAUAACUCCGGCAGAAUUAAUCAGAGCAGGAAUCUGGUGGAGCGGACCCGAAUGGUUGGAGGAAGAUAACUUAAGUUGGCAAAUCCAACCCACGCUAAAGAAGGAUGUAGAAGAAUUACCUGAAAUUCGCAAGAUGAAGCUGGCGUUAAUAACAACCAAUCCAGUGGUUCACAUGAUCAACCAAUAUUCUGAAUGGAACCGAAUGCUCCGAGGAAUCUCCUGGUUAAGAAGAUAUAUAAAGUACAUAAAAGGGGAGAAAGGUGCCAGAGAGCCAGAUAUCAGACCUAAGAGAGGCUAG